AUGGCGACCCUGCUCGACGGCGAGACGCUCACGACCGCUACGCUGCACGAGCUUGGCGAGAAGCAGCGCGGUAGCGUUGCCCUCGACCCCACCGCCAAGGCCCGCGUCGAGGCGAGCCGCGAGAUCGUCGACCGCAUUGUGAGCACGGAUGAGGUCGUCUACGGGAUCAACACUGGAUUUGGCCUCUUCUCCAACGUGACGGUCUCGGCGGACAAGCUUUGCGCACUGCAGGACAACUUGAUCCGCUCGCACUCGGCCGGCUGCGGCGAGCCGCUCACGCGUGAGCGGUCUCGCCGGCUGUUGGCCCUUCGGAUCAAUGUGCUCGCCAAGGGCCACUCGGGCAUCCGCGCCGAAGUACUCGAGCAGAUGAUUGCCGCCUUCAACGCGGACUGCAUCCCGGUGGUGCCGAGCAAGGGGACGGUCGGCGCGAGCGGCGAUCUCGCGCCCCUCUCGCACAUCGCCCUCGGCCUCAUGGGCGAGGGAGACAUGUGGGACCCGCAGGGCGGCAUCGCGCCCGCCGCAGAGGUGCUCGCGAGGGCCAACCUGACCCCGAUCCGGCUCGGCGCCAAGGAGGGGCUCGCGAUGAUCAACGGGACGCAGCUCAUCGCAUCGCUCGGCGCAGAGGCGGUCGAGCGCGCCGGCCGCGCCGCGCGCCUCGCAGACUACAUCGCCGCCCUCUCGCUCGAGGUGCUCUGCGGCACCAACCGUGCGUUUGACCCGCUCAUCCACUGCGUGCGGCCGCACUCGGGGCAGAUGGAGUCGGCGGCGCGCGUGCGGUCGGUGCUGAUGCCGACCGCCCCGUCCGAGCUCUGCAUGUCGCACCCCAAGCAGGUCCAGGACGCGUACUCGCUGCGGUGCGUGCCGCAAGUGCACGGCAUCACGCAGGACACCAUCGAGUUUGUGCGGCGCAUCCUCAACACCGAGCUCAACUCCGCCACCGACAACCCAAUGGUCUUCACGCAGGAGCAGGGCGGCGGGCUCAUCAUCUCGGGCGGCAACUUCCACGGCGAGUACCCCGCCAAGGUGCUCGACUUCCUCGCAAUCGCCGUCACCGAGAUUGCAAACAUCGCCGAGCGCCGCAUCGAGCGGCUGUGCAACCCGUCGCUCUCGGGCCUACCCGCCUUUCUCGUCGCGGACGGCGGCUUCAACUCGGGCUUCAUGAUCGCGCACUGCACGGCCGCGGCGCUCGCUUCGGAGAACAAGGUGCUUUGCCACCCCUCCUCGGUUGACACCAUCUCGACUUCGGCCGCCAAGGAGGACCACGUGAGCAUGGGCGGCUUCGCGGCGCGCAAGGCGCUCGAGGUGGUGCAGAACGUCGAGACGGUGCUGGCGAUCGAGCUGCUGGCGGCGUGCCAGGGCCUCGAGUUCCACCGCCCGCUCAAGACGACCAAGCCGCUCGAGAACCUGCACGCGCUCGUGCGCAAGCACGUGCGGCCGUGGGACGGCGACCGGCAGAUGUCGCCCGACAUCGAGGCGGCGCUGCGGCUGGUGCAAAGUGGCGAGGCGCUGCGGGCCGUGGAGCAGGGCCUCGGCGCAUAG